UUUUGACAAUUAUAUUUUAAAGUGAACAACACUGGCAAUAUCGGCUCGCGCUAUAUUUCAAAACGCCGUGAUAUAUUUGUUGUCUUUUUGUUAAAAAUUUUUAUUAUUUAUUGAUUUUUCUAUAAAUUAUUUAUUAAGUAAUAAACAAUCAAACGUAAAAAUGACGUUUUCCCAGUCAUUUGAAUUUGGUAAUAGUACUUUUAUGAAGCUGGAAAGUGAAGUGAAUCAUGCCAUACAGGACGAAGAUAAAGCUUUAGAUGUCAUCUUGGAAUCACCAACAGCAACAAAACCUGCAAAUAAAUCAUUAAGUAGAAAUAAAUCUCGUUUCGUACAAACUGCCACCCAAAGCCAUAAAGCUGGAGAUUCCACACAUCGCAAAUUCAGAAGAAGCAAAUCUGACUCUACAUUACCCAAAGCAUCUGCAAAUGGUGCAGAUAAUUAUUCGGAAUUUUUUCGAAGUGAUUUUUCAUUUCAACAAGAUAUCACCGAAGAAAAACCCAAACAUCAUACAGAGAAUAAAAAUACUUCCGUAUUAAGAGUAUCCCAAAUAGAAGCAGUCUUUAAUGAUAUGGACAAUAUAAUAGAUGCUGAAAGAGAUGAUACUGAUAAUGAUAUUGAAAACUCCUUUGAAAAACCCAUAUUUUCUGAAGACUUAAAAGAUCUGCUAGAAACCGAAGAAGAUAACAAUAUAUGGCAAGAUUCAUUACCACUGUCUGCAACAAAUAAAACUGAUGAACACAUUGAUGAACCGCCAGAAAUGACGCAUGAAAUCAGCAGUUUUAUUUGUCCUCCCAAAGAUAAUGAUAUGUUAAGAGAACAACUUGUAAGUAAAGAAUUGGAAAUUAGUCAUCGAAUUUUUAAGGAAUCCCAACAUCCACAAGACAUUGUAUCAGAACGGAAUAUAAGCUUAAGCUGUAUGUCUCCAGAUCAAUUGAAAUUUACUCAGGAGUGUUCUCCUUCUGACCCUAACAUAAAAACAAAACAUGAAGUGAUAGAUAAUACCUCUAAGCCUAAGAGAGUUGUUAAGAAUUCAGCAGAAAAAUGUAAGGAGAUUGUAAAAAAUAAUUCGAAAGUUAUUGAAAAAACAAAAGCAAUGGAAAUUCCCACCGAUAAUUUAGAAGCAUUAAAAAGUAUUAAAGCGUGGAACUUACCUUUGAGCGUUUUAACAGAGUAUGAACGAAAAGGUGUUAAGAAAAUGUUUGACUGGCAAAUACAGUGUCUAAGUAAUCCAAAAGUUCUUUUUGAGCAUUGUAAUCUUGUAUAUUCCGCUCCUACUUCGGCCGGCAAAACGUUGGUUAGUGAAAUUUUACUUUUAAAAACUGUUCUGGAACGCAGUAAAAAAGUUUUACUCAUUUUACCAUUUAUUUCUGUUGUACGUGAAAAAAUGUUUUAUUUGCAAGAUUUAUUAACAGCGGCUGGCUAUCGCGUAGAAGGAUUUUUUGGUGGUUAUACCCCACCGGGAGGAUUUGAUAGCAUUAAUGUGGCCAUAUGUACGAUAGAAAAAGCCAAUUCAAUUGUCAAUAAAUUAUUAGAACAGGGAAAAUUAAAUGAAAUCGGCACUGUUGUAGUCGAUGAAGUACAUUUAAUAUCAGAUCCUGGAAGAGGUUAUAUUUUGGAAUUACUACUGGCUAAAAUUUUGUAUAUGUCACGUAAAUAUGGUUUGCAAAUUCAAGUGAUUACCAUGUCUGCCACAUUGGCCAAUGUAGAACUAUUGAAAACGUGGUUAGAUGCUGAAUUAUAUAUAACCGACUUUCGUCCAGUGGCAUUGCAAGAAAUGAUUAAAAUUGGUAAUAAAAUCUUUGAUAAUCAUUUGAAAAUAUUGCGUUCUGUUACUGAGCCCACAGUCAAUAUCAAAGAACCAUUUCCGGAAUUACAAAAUGAUUCGGAUCAUGUGGCACAAUUGUGUAUAGAAACUUUAGUAGAUGGCUGUUCAGUUAUUGUAUUUUGCCCCUCAAAAGAUUGGUGUGAGAACUUAGCCACACAAUUAGCUGGCGCUAUACAUUCAUUGGGAAAACAAGGUGGAGAAUGGGGUACUAAACUACGAGCUCAAAUAAAUCGUCAAGCUAUUAAUAAUGUUAAGGAACAAUUAAGGGAUAUACCAACUGGUUUGGAUGCAGUUUUGGACAAAUGCAUAACCUAUGGUUGCUCCUUUCAUCAUGCUGGCUUAACAACAGAAGAAAGGGAUAUUGUGGAAGCUAGUUUUAAAUCUGGCGCUUUAAAAGUUAUUGUAGCUACCAGCACUUUAAGUUCUGGUGUUAAUUUACCAGCACGCCGUGUUUUAAUUAGAUCCCCCUUGUUUGGUGGCAAACAAAUGAGUUCUCUUACAUAUCGCCAAAUGAUUGGACGAGCUGGAAGAACUGGAAAAGAUAUAUUGGGAGAAUCUAUUUUAAUUUGUACUGACAGUAAUGCACGUGUGGGCAAAGAGUUAAUAACGGCUGAUUUAAGGCCCAUAUCCUCCUGUCUAGACCACGACAGUAGUACACAUCUCAAGCGUGCCUUGUUAGAAGUUAUCUCUUCAGGUGUUGCUACUAGCAAGGAAGAUAUUGAUAAUUUUGUAAAUUGUACACUAUUGAGUGCUCAAAAGCAAUUAGCAACUCAAGAAAAAGAACAAAGUCAAGAUGAAUGCAGUGAUAGCGAAUACAUUGGGGGAGCUUUAGAUUUUCUUAUCGAGUAUGAGUUUAUUCGUUUACAAAAGAAUGAGGAAACUCAAGAAGAACAUUAUGUAGCCACUCGACUUGGUCAUGCUUGUUUAGCUUCAUCUAUGCCCCCAACCGACGGUUUAAUAUUAUUUGCAGAAUUGCAAAAAUCAAGACGUUGUUUUGUAUUAGAAUCUGAAUUGCAUGCUGUUUAUUUGGUUACUCCUUAUUCGGUAUGCUAUCAAUUACAGAAUUUGGAUUGGCUUCUAUUUCUCGAUCUCUGGGAGAAAUUAACACCGGCCAUGAAAAAAGUCGGAGAGCUGGUAGGAGUAAAAGAAUCGUUUUUGGUAAGAGCCAUGAGGGGUCAAACCAAACUGGACUACAAGUUAAUGCAAAUACACAAAAGAUUUUAUACUGCACUGGCUUUGCAAGAGUUGGUUAACGAAACUCCUAUAAAUAAAGUGGCCAUCAAAUAUAAAUGUACACGAGGAAUGUUGCAAAGUUUGCAACAAAUGUCCUCAACUUUUGCUGGUAUUGUAACAUCGUUUUGCAAUUCCUUGCAGUGGGAUACACUCUCAUUGAUCGUCUCACAAUUUAAAGAACGUUUGUAUUUUGGUAUACAUCGAGAUUUAAUAGAUUUAAUGCGCCUACCAGAUCUGACACAUAAAAGAGCUAGAGCACUCUUCGAUGCUGGAGUUACAUCAUUGGUUGAAUUGGCCAGCGCCGACAUAUUGAGUAUUGAGAAAAUUCUUUAUAAUGCUUUUAGUUUCGAUUCUGCUAAAAAACAUGACAAUGAAAAUGAUUUUGAGGCUGCUCAACGCAAUAAAGCAAGACAUUUUUUUAUAACUGGUAAAGCAGGUCUCACAGUAGCUGAAGCUGCAAAAUUACUUGUCCAAGAGGCUAGACAAUUCGUUCAAUAUGAAAUAGGUGUGGGUAAUAUUAAGUGGUCUCAAAGUGUUUGUGAAGAUAAUAAAGAAGACAAUAUUAAAGAAAAUGAAUUGCACAUGUCUUUCGAAGAAAACAAAUUUCAGAAUGUAAUGGUUAAAUAUAAUUUGGAUCAAACUAGUGAUGAAGCCAAGGAUCAUGAAAAUGAUAAAAUCACUGAAGACAUUAAAUAUGUUAAAGAUAUACAAAAUCCAUUAGAAUCUUUAGAAAAGAAGGACAACAUAGACAAUAAGUUACAAACAAAGCAUGGAGAACAGAAUGUGCAUAACAAUAAGAAUAUAAAUUCAAUAGAACAAAGAAAACAAAAAGAAAAUAUUCAUCCCAACGAUAUUCACAUGCUAUUCGAAGAUGAUAUUUGUACAGCUAAACCAUUUAAACAGAAAAGUGUUAAGAAAAUAAAACAAUCUCCAAAUAUUAAUCAGAAAGAAAAUAAUAUUACAUUUGAAGAUGAUUCCAAGUUCCUAAAUGUGAUAGAGAACGUAGAGAAUAAUGCAAAAAACAAUAAAGAAAUAAUUCACAAAGAAAAUAUAAAAAAUGGAAAACUAACCGUUACAGUUGAAAAACGCAAAUCUUCUGAAAAUCCUAAACAAAAUGUUGAUGUUACACCACCCAAAAUAGCGAAAAAGGAAGCAGACGCUAAAAUAGAAUCAUUGGAAGUCCAAACAAAAAUAAAUUCCAUUAAAGCAGCUGUUAUAACCUCAACAGAAUCGCGAAAAUCAUCGGAUCAACUAAAAGAUUUAGCUGUUACUCCUCCUAAUGUUAUAAAAACUUCGGUACAAACAAACAACAAAAAACCCAUUGAGACUGAUGAGAAACCUAGCACUAGUCAAAAAGCCCAAAGAUUGUUAAGAGCCAAACAACUGUCUGAGAUGAAGAAACAAGAAUGGGCAAAAAGAAAAGAUCUAGAGCAAAAUCAAUUAGCAAAUACACCAGAAACUAAAUCAUCAACAACAUCUAAUACUCUUGAUAAAAAUGUAGAUAACUCUACUCCAAAAACUGCCCUGCAAACUCAAAAUAACAACAGAAAACUUCAAAAUAUUAAUAAGAAUUCACCAAAUACUCCUAAAGCAAUAAACAAAGAAAAACAGGAAACACCAAAAUUACCUAGAAGAAGUCCCCGUAACCAUUUAAUAAGCUCUACCAGGAUAGGUGAGGAACUGACAACUAUAACAAAGUCUAAAACAACUAUAAAAAGUCCAGAGAAUGACAUUUUUGGAAAUGAAAAUGAAGAAUCUUUUACCAUCAAUACUGGUAUAAAAGAAGCUCUAAAAGAAGCAGAUAAUUUUAAAAGACCUAUACCGGAAUACAGCAAUAAUUCACCAGAAGAUGAAAUUCCAAGUUCACAACAACUAAUUGAAGACGUGCCAGCCAAUAAAACAAAUUCCCCUCAUGCUUCACGAUUUCUAAGAUCUUUACGUGCCACACAAAAAAUUCAAAGUCCGAAAACUAAACCAUCUACAGAAAAUUCGAAGUUUAAAAAAUUGCAAACAGACGAGCGGCCUUCAGAACCUCCCUCAUCCACUAGCAUAGAGUUUUCCGAUCUUUCCAUGGAAAAUUCUCUUAUUAAAAAUCCUAUACAACUUAAUGCCUCACACAUUCUUAUGUGCUCAAAAGUUGAUACCGAAUCAUCUUCAUUCAAAUCUCUUGAUAUUAUAGAUAUUUGCGGAGAUCAGCAGCUUUUUAAGGGAGCAUUUAAGGAAUUCAUGGCAUGUAAACGUUUGGGAUUUUGUUUAGGCAUCCAACAACAAUGUGGCAAACGUAAACCUCUAAUAGGAGCAAAUCUUUUACUAAAUCAAGUGGCUGCUACAGAAAAAGAAAAUGAGCCCACAAAAUCAUAUGAAUUUCAACUUGACGAUACAAAUUAUUUGGCUGGUAUAGGAUUUUGCAUAUCAGAAAAUGUUGUGUAUUACAUGAACAUGCAACAGGAGGGAUCUUGCAAAGGACUAACAGGAGAAAUUAAGUGCAAAUAUUUACGUAUGUUGCUAAGAACUACGGAACUUACUUUACUUAUCUACGAUGCUAAAGAACAAAUGAAGAUAUUACGUAAAAUUUUAAAUGAUAUUGGAAAUAUUGCAAUAGCUUUAGAAGACCCAAAAGUGGCUAAUUGGCUUUUGCAACCUGAUAAAAAUCAUAAUUUACAUUCUUUGGCUCAACAAUUUGCUCCAGAAUGUUCAUCUUUAGUUAAUUUAUGUGGCAGUGGUCGUGGUUAUAAUAGCUAUGGUUUGGAUUCGGAUAGUGCUAUAUUAGCUAAGGUUAGAUCAUCCAUAGAAUCCUGUGUUAUAAUACACAUUUUAAAAGGACAAAUAGAAAAUCUAGAGCGAAUCGGUACGGGACAAUUACAAAAAUUUUUUACAGAACUCGAAAUGCCCUUACAGAUGUCAUUAUGCAAUAUGGAAGAUGUGGGCUUUCCCACCAGUUCAGAAGCUUUGCAUAAAUUGUUUCAGCAAAUGGUUGAUUCUAUGAAGAAAUUGGAAACUAAAAUAUAUGAAAUGCAUGGAUCAAGAUUCAAUUUAGGCUCGUCUUCAGCUGUAGCACGAGUUGUAGGUUUACAUCGUAAAUCAAAUGGGCGCAUAAGUACUUCUAAACAGAUUCUAGAAAAAAUCGACUCACCUAUAUCGCAAAUGAUAAUUACAUAUCGUAAAUUAAGUGUUACGUUAACAAAGAACAUACAACCCCUGCUAAAAUGUGUAAAAGAUGAAAGAAUCCAUGGACAAAGUAUUACUUUUACAUCUACGGGUCGUAUUUCUAUGACAGAACCAAACUUACAAAAUGUUGCAAAAGAUUUUGAUGUUGAAUUAGGUUCAGAAAAAAUCACAAUAUCAUGUCGUAGUGCGUUCUUCCCCUCAGAUCCAAAACGUUGUUUAAUAUCAUCGGAUUUUUGUCAAUUGGAAAUGCGUAUACUGGCACAUUUAUCACAAGAUUCUGCUCUAUUGCAUGUUAUGAAAUCUGAAAAGGAUGUUUUUGUAGCAAUAGCAGCAAGAUGGAAUAAAAUCUCCGAAAGUAGUGUUACAGAACAAUUGCGAAAUGGCACAAAACAAAUAUGUUAUGGCAUUGUUUAUGGCAUGGGUAUGCGUGCAUUAGCUGAAGGUCUUAAAUGUACCGAACAAGAAGCUAAACUUGUAUCCGAACAAUUCCAUGCUGCUUAUCCGGGUAUAAGAGCGUAUACAGAAAAAGUUGUUAAAUUUGCUAGAAAUAACGGUUACAUAGAAACUAUAACUGGCAGAAGGCGUUAUUUAGAAAAUAUUAGUAGCGGGGAAGCAUUAAUAAAAAAUCAAGCUGAACGUCAAGCCGUUAAUUCGACUAUACAGGGAUCGGCAGCUGAUAUAGCAAAAAGUGCUAUUUUACGAAUGGAAAAGAAUAUAAUAAAAUAUCGAGAAAAAUUAGGUAUAGAACCACAGUCUGUCCGCUUAGUUUUACAUUUACAUGAUGAACUUAUAUUUGAAGUUCCCGAAGAUAAAGCUAAAAAAAUUGCAAAAGUCUUAAGUAUAACUAUGGAAAAUUGCGUUAAACUUAAUGUGCCUCUUAAAGUAAAACUAAAAAUUGGUAAAAGUUGGGGUGAACUUAAAGAGGUUAAAUUUUAAUUAAAUUUAGGGCAAUUAACAGAUUUCAAACGAUAUAAGGUAUUAUUUUCAAUUUAAUACCUAAUAAUGUACUAACAUUAUUUGCUGUUUAAAAUUAUUCCAUUAGAGCUCCGUGUUAUAAAAUAUUUAAAUUAUUAGUUUAAAAAGGUUUGUUAUGGGAAUUUUUUUCUAGGGAAAUUUUUGAUUUUUUUUCUUCGUUUGUAUUGGGUUUAUAAGAAUUUUCAAAAUGUUAUUUAUCUCUGGAAAAGGUAUUUUCACGCAUUAUAACAACAUAUUUCAAUUAUCGGUCCGAAUCGAUCUUAUUUUUAGAUUAUUUUACAUUUUAAGUAAUUAUAUUUGUAUUUAUACAUAUUAACAGUUUUAUUUAUAUGUUACAUCUGUUACCAUUUCUAAGAGAUCUUUGUUUAUGAUUUUAAAAUAUUGUAUUAAAAUAAAUUAAUAAACGGAAACAUUGAUUACUCUUUGGGUUAAUGUAAUGUUUAUUAAUAGAAAAUAAAUUUAGUUAAAUUUUUUGUAAUGUAAAA